AAAACACGAGUUGCAAACAUUGUUCCGGUCUUUUUGAUGGCGACAAUGAGGCCGACAUAUUCCCCGAUAAGUUUAAUCGCGAGUAUCUCGAAGUUUUUCUCUCAGAUAUCCCGAACGCUUAUUGUUCCAAAGGUGGUGGACCUGCCUAUGGAUCAGCUGUUAAUUGGCACUGGAAUAACAGUACAACUAAGGAUAUAAUUCUCAUUAAGGCUUCGUCUUUCAAUACAUAUCAUACAGUGUUAAAGAAUUCUCAUGAUUUCAUAUCUGCCCUCAAAAACGCCAGAAUCUUAGCCCAGAGUUUGACUCAAUCCAUAAACGCUGAUAAUAAAGAGGGCGAUCAAUACGUGGAAGUGUUUCCUUACAGCAUAUUCUAUGUGUUUUACGAACAAUACCUGUCCAUCUGGAGGGACACAAUCAUCAA